GCCUCAUAUUCGUUCAUUCCCCUGUACCCCCUGCACAAAGCUAUCCCUUCCUUCUCAAGCCAAUCUCCUUUAUCCUAUCCUAGUGCCUGACUGGUUAUAAGGACAAUAGCUUUCGUGACCAGACCGAUUAACCCAACCUACCACCAAACAACACAAGAAUUUCCCAGAACUCUAAAGCCAUGUUUCGUCAUGUUCAGAGCGAUUCUUCUGAGGAUGAUCAACCCACGAUAAAACUAUUCCGUGGGCAAAGAUCAGUUCAUAAGCUACUUGGUGGACGGAAAGUUGCGGACAUCCUGCUAUGGAGGGACAGAAACUUAUCGGCAGGGAUUCUUGCUGGGGCCACAUUGGUCUGGUUCCUGUUCGAUGUAGUCGAGUACAACAUAGUCACACUUAUUUGCUACAUUGCACUCCUUGGGAUGCUUUUGCUCUUCAUUUGGUCGAAUGCCGCGCCUCUCUUCGACAGGCCAACUCCACAGAUCCCAGAAGUCAUCGUUUCUGAACAUGCCUUCAGAGAAAUUGCACUGACCAUGCAUAACAAACUGGUUCACUUUGUAUCAAUCCUAUAUGACAUUGCAUGCGGGAAGGAUCUCAAGAAGUUCCUUUUGGUGAUUGGAUCUCUGUGGAUACUGGCAGUAGUUGGAGAUACUUGCAAUUUCACCACAGUAUUAUAUGUUGGAUUUUUGUGCGCGCUCACUUUACCAGCAUUGUAUGAAAGAUACGAAGAAGAAGUGAACCAUCUGGUAGCGAAGGGUGGUGAAGACCUCAAGAAAUUCUACAAGAAGGUUGACUCUAAUGUGCUCAACAAGAUACCAAGAGGCCCUGUGAAGAGAAAAGUUCGCUGAAAUAUACUUCGACAAACUGUCAGUGUGCACGACUAGUCCUAUAUAAAAAGGAGAAUUACCGCU